AGCCCCCCUCUCCGGUCCUGGGAGCUCUCGCGCCCGUCACCCCGCCGGUGGCUCACUCCGGCCUCGGCUGCGUUGGCCGCCAGCGUGCACACUGCCUGUCUGCGGGCGCAUCGUCCCUCUGCCUGCUCGGCCCGCAGCGCUCGCUCCGGUUCCCAGGAGCGGGGAUGCAGAUGGCACGGCCGGGCCGGGAGGGUGCCACCGCCGCCGCCGCUGGCAUCUCGCGGACUGCGAGCUGCCUCCGCUCCCGCAGCUGCUGCCGCCGCCACCGCCUGUGACUCGCCCCCCUCCCCUCUCUUUCUUCUCUUUUAUUUAUUUAUUUAUUUUGUUGGCCUCAGUCCUCUUCCUCCGGGUGUGCGCGCGCGGGCUGCACGGUGUGCUGUGGCAGGAGCUCACCCGUGUGUCUGUGUGUGAGUGCGCGCGCGCGGGGGACAGCGUGUGCGUGUCUGGAGGGCGCCCCGAGCCUCAGUGGCUCCGGGGGAGUCCAGCAGAGAAAAAGAACCGAAGCCGGCGGCCGCGGUGCUUGGCGGUGACGGCGGCGGCUCGGAGCCCGGGCCGCGCGAUGAAGAUCCCGCAUGCCCGCAGCUACCCGGCACGGCCGGCGAGCUGAUCGGCCACCACCACCGGUGCUCGGGGAUCACCACCCCCGGCAGGCACGCAGCCCUCGGCGGCCCGGCGCCCGCUCUACCCGCGCGUCCACGCCGUGCACCGGGGAAGGAGUUGCGCGGCUGGCUCCGGGGCUCUCCGAGCGGGUUGCGGGCGGCAGAGCGGACCCUCUACAGCCGGAGCACCUCGGGGGCAGCAAGAGGAGGACGGCGAGCAGGGCUGGGCGGAGAAGCCACUACUGGUACUCGCCGCUGCCCCUACCUAUCCCCUCCCUCCCGUUCGGAGGCGGAAAGGGGAGGACGAGGAAGAAGAAGAAAAAGAAAGAGAAGGGGGGUGGGGUGGGAGAACUGGAUAUAAAGAUCGGCUUGGGGGGGGAUGGUGGAAGAUUUUUGGUCUCCUCAGCAGCGGCUUUUCUUGCGGCGGCGGCGGCGGCGGCGGCAGCGGCAGCGGCAGCAAGAGAAGGAAAGGCAGCCUUAGCUAUCACUGCCGCAUGUUAAUAGCUCCCGCUUGGGUCCGCGGGCUGCAGCCGGAGACACAGCCUGACUCCGAAGUUGUGCAACUGUGCCCUGGGAGAGACAUUUGAACCCUCCUUCUCUUUGCUCCGCUUUUGCCCCCUGGGGCGUGUGAAGCGAGGAAACGUAAAGGAAGACAAGCAUUUGGCUUUCCCGGCUUCCCCUUUCUCCAUGGCUGUGUAGAAGAAGAAAGGAAAGAGACACUUUUUGUUGUUUCUUUGACUGGGGUCUCCACCCUCCAGCCGUCUCUGCGUUUUGAUUAUCAUUCUUUGCUUGGUGUGGCUGGGGUGUCUACGCUGGGGCCGGUCCAGCUUUUUUUUUUCUUUUUUUUUUCUUUCUUUCUUUUUUUCUUCUUCAUUUUUUGCCCUGGGGCUCAAUGGAUGGAUUGUGGAAAACUGUACCGGGUUGCAGGUUGUUGAGCAACUGAUGGGACCAUCUCAGGGACCGGCGAUUACGAAAGAUGCCGAUUUGAAGAGCUACCCUGAAAACUGAAAUGUUGAAUUCAGUAAGUCAGAAGACAAAACCAUGGACUUUUAGCAAUCAAAGAACAAAUUAAGGUGUCCGACUUGGAAUAGCCGUGUUUAUUUUUGAAGAAUUUUUCUUACUCUUGUUGUGUUUGUUUUUAAUCAUUGCUAUUGGAAUACAGAAGAGGAACCAGGAAUAUACUCAUUUGGUUUCCCUUCGAAAUACAUUCUUGAGGCAUUCUCGCCUGAGAACACAGCCAUGUGGCCACCACAGCUGCUCAUCCUCUUGAUGCUGUUCGCACCUGGAGUGCAUGGUGGCAAGCACAAUGAGAGACAUCCAGCCCUUGCUGCUCCACUGCGACACGCGGAGCGCAGCGCAGGAGGCGCUCUACCUCCCAGACAUCUCCUUCAGCAGCCAGCGGCAGAGCGCGCCACUGCUCACCGAGGACAAGGGUCACGUGGAGCUGCCAGAGGAGGUCGUGGACCAGGUGCCUCAGGAGCCCAGGUUGCAGCCCAAGCGUUCAGCCGUGCCCCAAUUCCCAUGGCGGUGGUCCGCAGAGAGCUCUCCUGUGAGAGCUACCCCAUCGAGCUCCGCUGUCCUGGCACAGACGUCAUCAUGAUCGAGAGUGCCAACUACGGGAGGACAGAUGACAAGAUCUGCGACUCCGACCCUGCUCAGAUGGAGAAUAUCCGAUGUUAUCUGCCAGAUGCCUAUAAGAUUAUGUCUCAAAGAUGCAAUAACAGAACCCAGUGUGCUGUGGUGGCAGGUCCUGAUGUUUUUCCAGACCCAUGUCCAGGAACUUAUAAAUACCUUGAAGUGCAGUAUGAAUGUGUCCCUUAUAUUUUUCUUUGUCCUGGACUGCUAAAAGGAGUGUACCAGAGUGAACACUUGUUUGAAUCGGACCACCAGUCUGGGGCAUGGUGCAAAGACCCUCUACAGGCUUCCGACAAGAUUUAUUAUAUGCCCUGGACCCCCUACAGAACUGAUACCCUGACAGAGUAUUCAUCCAAAGAUGACUUCAUUGCUGGAAGGCCAACAACGACCUACAAGCUCCCUCACAGAGUGGAUGGCACUGGAUUUGUAGUAUAUGAUGGUGCCCUGUUCUUCAACAAGGAACGUACCAGGAACAUAGUAAAGUUUGAUUUACGGACUAGGAUAAAGAGUGGAGAGGCGAUCAUAGCAAACGCCAAUUACCAUGACACAUCCCCAUACCGAUGGGGUGGCAAAUCUGACAUAGACUUGGCAGUGGAUGAAAAUGGAUUAUGGGUAAUCUAUGCAACAGAACAAAACAAUGGCAAAAUUGUCAUUAGCCAGUUGAACCCUUAUACCCUACGGAUUGAGGGGACAUGGGACACAGCGUAUGAUAAAAGGUCAGCUUCCAAUGCGUUUAUGAUUUGUGGAAUUCUGUAUGUGGUCAAAUCUGUAUAUGAGGAUGAUGACAAUGAGGCCACUGGUAAUAAGAUUGACUACAUUUACAACACCGACCAAAGCAAAGAUAGCCUGGUGGAUGUACCCUUUCCUAAUUCCUACCAGUACAUCGCAGCUGUGGAUUACAACCCCAGGGACAAUCUGCUUUAUGUUUGGAAUAACUACCAUGUUGUGAAAUACUCUUUGGACUUUGGACCUCUGGAUAGUAGAUCAGGGCCAGUGCAUCAUGGACAAGUUUCCUAUAUCUCUCCACCUAUUCACCUUGACUCUGACCUAGAACGACCCCCUGUUAGAGGAGUUUCUACCACAGGAUCCCUGGGAAUGGGAAGCACAACCACCAGCACCACUCUUCGGACCACGACCUGGAACAUAGGGAGGAGUACCACCCCAUCGUUGCCGGGCAGAAGAAACCGGAGUACCAGCACACCGUCCCCAGCUGUGGAGGUGCUGGAUGACAUCACCACACACCUGCCAUCGGCAGCCUCCCAGAUUCCAGCUAUGGAAGAGAGCUGUGAUGCUGUGGAAGCCCGGGAAAUAAUGUGGUUUAAGACCCGUCAGGGGCAAGUAGCAAAACAGCCCUGCCCAGCAGGAACAAUAGGUGUAUCAACUUACUUAUGCCUUGCUCCUGAUGGAAUAUGGGAUCCCCAAGGACCAGAUCUCAGCAACUGCUCUUCUCCUUGGGUCAAUCAUAUAACACAGAAGUUAAAGUCUGGAGAGACAGCUGCCAAUAUUGCUAGAGAGCUGGCAGAACAGACCAGAAAUCAUUUGAAUGCUGGGGACAUCACCUAUUCAGUCCGCGCCAUGGACCAGCUGGUUGGCCUCCUGGAUGUACAGCUCCGGAAUUUGACCCCAGGCGGGAAAGACAGUGCAGCGCGCAGCUUGAACAAGCUUCAGAAAAGAGAGCGCUCUUGCAGAGCCUAUGUCCAGGCGAUGGUCGAGACAGUUAACAACCUCCUUCAGCCGCAAGCUUUGAAUGCCUGGAGAGACCUGACAACAAGCGACCAACUCCGUGCAGCCACCAUGUUGCUCGACACGGUGGAGGAGAGUGCUUUCGUGUUAGCCGAUAACCUUUUGAAGACCGAUAUUGUCAGGGAAAAUACAGACAAUAUUCAACUAGAAGUUGCACGGCUGAGCACAGAAGGGAACCUAGAGGACCUGAAAUUUCCCGAAAACAUGGGCCAUGGAAGUACCGUCCAGCUCUCAGCAAACACUUUAAAGCAAAAUGGCCGGAACGGGGAGAUUAGAGUAGCCUUUGUCCUGUAUAACAACCUGGGCCCUUAUUUGUCUACGGAGAAUGCCAGUAUGAAGUUGGGCACAGAAGCCAUGUCCACAAAUCAUUCUGUUAUCGUCAAUUCCCCUGUGAUUACAGCAGCAAUAAAUAAGGAGUUCAGUAAUAAAGUUUAUUUGGCCGAUCCUGUGGUAUUUACUGUUAAACAUAUCAAGCAGUCAGAGGAAAAUUUCAACCCUAACUGUUCAUUUUGGAGCUAUUCCAAGCGCACAAUGACAGGUUAUUGGUCAACACAAGGCUGUCGACUCCUGACUACAAACAAGACACAUACUACAUGCUCCUGUAACCACCUCACUAAUUUUGCAGUAUUGAUGGCACAUGUGGAAGUUAAGCACAGUGAUGCGGUCCAUGAUCUUCUUCUGGAUGUGAUCACGUGGGUUGGCAUCUUGCUGUCCCUUGUUUGUCUCCUGAUCUGUAUCUUCACAUUCUGCUUCUUCCGUGGGCUCCAGAGUGACCGUAACACCAUUCACAAGAACCUCUGUAUCAGCCUGUUUGUGGCAGAACUGCUCUUCCUGAUUGGAAUCAAUAGAACCGACCAACCAAUUGCCUGUGCGGUGUUUGCGGCCCUUUUACACUUCUUCUUCUUGGCGGCCUUCACGUGGAUGUUUCUGGAAGGGGUGCAGCUGUAUAUCAUGCUGGUGGAGGUUUUCGAGAGCGAACAUUCCCGCCGGAAGUACUUUUAUCUGGUGGGCUAUGGGAUGCCUGCGCUCAUCGUGGCCGUGUCCGCGGCAGUCGACUACAGGAGCUACGGGACAGACAAAGUAUGCUGGCUGCGACUUGACACCUACUUCAUUUGGAGUUUUAUAGGACCAGCGACCUUGAUAAUUAUGCUGAAUGUGAUCUUCCUUGGGAUUGCUUUAUACAAAAUGUUUCACCAUACUGCCAUACUGAAACCGGAAUCAGGCUGUCUUGAUAAUAUCAAGUCAUGGGUUAUAGGUGCAAUAGCUCUCCUCUGCCUGUUAGGAUUGACCUGGGCCUUUGGACUCAUGUAUAUUAAUGAAAGCACAGUCAUCAUGGCGUAUCUCUUCACCAUUUUCAAUUCUCUACAGGGAAUGUUUAUAUUCAUUUUCCACUGUGUCCUACAGAAGAAGGUACGGAAAGAGUAUGGGAAAUGCUUGCGCACGCAUUGCUGUAGUGGGAAAAGCACGGAGAGUUCGAUUGGCUCAGGGAAAACAUCUGGUUCUCGAACUCCAGGACGGUACUCCACAGGCUCACAGAGCCGAAUUCGGAGAAUGUGGAAUGAUACUGUCCGAAAGCAGUCGGAGUCAUCCUUCAUCACUGGAGACAUAAACAGCUCCGCGUCACUCAACAGAGAGGGGCUUCUGAACAAUGCCAGGGAUACAAGUGUCAUGGAUACUCUACCACUGAAUGGUAACCAUGGCAACAGUUACAGCAUUGCUGGCGGUGAAUACCUGAGCAACUGUGUGCAAAUUAUAGACCGUGGCUAUAACCACAACGAGACCGCCCUAGAGAAAAAGAUCCUAAAGGAACUCACUUCCAACUAUAUCCCUUCGUACCUGAACAACCACGAGCGCUCCAGUGAACAGAACCGGAAUAUGAUGAACAAACUGGUAAACAACUUAGGCAGUGGGAGUGAAGAUGACGCCAUCGUCCUGGACGACGCAGCGUCCUUUAACCAUGAGGAGAGUCUGGGCCUGGAACUCAUUCAUGAGGAAUCUGAUGCUCCCUUGCUGCCCCCGAGGGUUUACUCCACCGAGAACCACCAGCCACACCAUUACAGCAGGAGACGGCUCCCCCAGGACCACAGCGAGAGCUUCUUCCCUCUGCUAACUGACGAGCACACAGAAGAUCUGCAGUCACCGCACAGGGACUCUCUGUACACCAGCAUGCCGGCCCUGGCCGGCGUGCCCGCUGCAGACAGCGUGACCACCAGCACCCAGACCGAAGCCGCAGCGGCCAAGGGUGGUGACGCCGAAGAUGUUUACUACAAAAGCAUGCCAAACCUGGGCUCCAGAAACCACGUGCACCCGCUGCACGCCUACUACCAGCUGGGGCGCGGCAGCAGCGAUGGAUUCAUAGUUCCUCCCAACAAAGACGGGACCUCUCCGGAGGGAACUUCCAAAGGACCCGCGCACUUGGUCACUAGUCUAUAGAAGAUGACACGGAGAUGGCAGCCAGCGGGACUGCGAGCACCCAGUGGACCAUUCUCUGAGUUGACAUAAGCAGUGGUCAUCCUGUGUACUCCGACACCUGAUGCUGUUCUCGAAAGAGAGACUCUCUGACUUUUUUUUUUUUUUUUAACUUGAAUUUUUAGUCGGCCCAGGUGGGAAAGAGCUCACGGCUGAGACCCUCCUGUGCCCCGUUCUUCCCCAUCCUUUCCCCUCAGAUGGAGACUUCAUUAUGUUAAUGAACGAGAUAUGAAGAAAAUGGCGCUCAUUGUGGCCUUGUUGAAUUAUGUUGUGUUUGUUUUAACAUCUCUGAUGCUCUGUUACUAGAAUCACAAGGACCUGUUGUUUUGUUUUGUUUUGUUUUUAAAAAAGGCCAGAACAGUGGUUUGAAAUUAGUAACAAUGCUGCAUCUAGAUUGGAGUGCUGGCCGGCCGUAGAAGCAGAGAAGAACUGUAUUACCUAGCGGUUCAUGGUCACUCUCAACCUGAGUUCACCACAGCGGGAACAGCUGUGGGAAACAAAAACAAAACAACACAAUGAAUAAUCUGACGGAGGGGAAUUCUAGAAUUAUAUGCUAAGUGCAUAUUUUAUGAUUUGCUGUAUUAACUGACGAUAAAACUAAUGGCAGAAACAAACUGAACAAUUUCUAUGUAAUGUACAGAUACUAGCAUUGCGCAUAUAGUCUGCUUUCUGUUCCUCCAGAAUUUGAGUCCUGUUAAUGUAGUGGCGAAGAAGAAAUUUUCUUUUGUGCUAGUCUUGCAAGUUUGUCUACCAGUAAAAGAGCCAAGUUUCCUUCCUUUCUUGUUUUCUUCUUCUUUUUUUUUUCUUUUGUCCCCUCCCCCCACCUUUUUUUCUUUAAAAAUUCACCUGGCAAAAAAUAAUAAUAAUAAAGAAAUGAAGCUAUCACUUUAUAAGAAUCAUUUUCUAGUAAUGCAAACAAAUUAUUUUUUACAAAAAAUAAAAUAAAAUAAAUAAAAUUAGACGUCCUUCCCUCACUAUAUAUCUUUAUCCAGCCCGAAUAUUUCCAGAACCGUUUAUUUUUAUUUUUAUUUUUUGCAAAUUAGAGCAGGACAAAUUUUUAUGUUUCCCGGGCACAUCUGUUGUAAUGCAAAGCAUAUUUGGCAAGCAGUUCAUCACCAAGGCAGUAGCUAUGAUUCUAGAAGCUAAGAGGUGUCUAUAGAGCUAGAGGGGCUUCUGCAUGUGAAAAGCUGUAUUCCAUAGGCCUUCCAGUGCUGAAUGCGCAGUGUGACCCCCUGAGGGCGCCUGCACUACCAAUUGUUAGAGGAAUUUCCCUCCCUCCUAGUGAGAGUGGAAAGGUCAAAUUAUUUUGAAAUGAUUUUUUUUUAAAGUCUUCUGUUAACAGGAAAAUUUAUUUAUUUGACAGGAUUUUAAGUAAUGUAGGAAUACAAAUGGUAAAUUAGCAGCACAUAUAAUUUUUUUUAAAUUUAUGAUCCAUUUUGUAUGGUCUCAAGUUGGAUGACCUCAUUACUAAUAUUUGUUGUAAAAGUGAAACUUGUUUGCCAACCAAUAAACAACUGAUUGAGAUUUAGAAGAGAUUGUUUUGACGUAUGUACUAUAUUAUCAAGUAUUUUCUUCAUUUUUCUUGCCUCCCCUUUCUUCCUUUAUCAGAAUAUAAGCUUCGCUUAUCCUUUGUGAUCCAAGUGAGCCACACCAAAGGAAUCAAUCUAAGUUCAAUCUACAAACACAGCUGGUGCAGGUUUUGCAGACAAAGUCAACCAAGGAAAUGGGAUGAGCUGAAGAGUAACUCGCACUCAAGCAGUUAACAAAGACCACUGUGUGCUUACUUGUAAAGUGUCACUAGGCUUGUGUCUAAAGACACAUUCAUUCCAUGGUUUAAAUACCACAUUUGACAGAGUCUUCUUCCCCCCCACACACACCUUUUUGUAAGCUCCAUUUUGAUGGAGGAAUUUGCAAAUGUAAAUUUAGUCAAUUGGCUAAGCGAUGCAAUAGAAAUAGCACAGAGCAUAUUCAUUGAAGAGGGAGAGGAUAAGACCUUUAAAAAUGAACACACAGCAUUAGGUUUCUUCAUGGCAAUCUCAAAGAUAAUUUGUUGUGUUGAUUCUCCUCCUCCAUCCCUCUGACUCCCAUUUGUAAUCUUCUGUCUCAUAGCCCUUUGUACCUUCAUGCCUCAUCUGUCUGACAGGUUUUACAAUAUUUUUUUCUUUUUUUCAGCUUAUGGGAAAAAAUAAGGACACAACUAAUUCCUUCAAAAGAACUUCUAAAUCUUGCACUUCUGCUACCUGCAGCUUCUGAGCAAGGAGCCCCAGUUAGAAUAAAACUCAAAUGAACUUGCCCAAUUAUAUUUUCUGUAGUACAUCCUGCGGCUUACUUUAUUCAAGUCUACACACUAGCCAUCUAGAAACAAUAGAUCAAGAUGGGAAGCGUUGAGAGUGGGAUUAGCCAGUUACCCAUACAAACUUUAAAUCCUGUGACAGAAGAAAGCUGUGUUGGAUAAGAGCAGGCGUUAUUCUGAGAGCCACUUCAGAACCCAUGGAUCAUUCCAUCUUAGUCAGCUGACGUGAAUAUUUUCUUUAAGUCCAUGGACACUUUAGUUAAAAGGAGAAACAGUAGCAUUGGAGGAAGUAAUUACUUUCCCCUGAGGCUAUAAUGGUAAUGAUAGCACCCAAAAGUUGUUUAAUUCAUGUAAUGUUUUUUUAUAUAUACAUAAGUAUAUAUGUGCCAUAUAUGUAUUUGGUAAUCUAAAAAAAAUCCCUUUGUGGGCCUAUCUAAGGCAGCCUUGGAAAUAUUCAUUUUCUUCUGUGAACUUCAAGUAUUUGUGUUUGAUUUGAAAACUCUAAGUGAAAACAGUAUCAGAGAAAACCUGGUUUCACGAAACAAUGGGAAAACUACUUCAGUUCAGCUUGCUCGGUACUCUGAUAUUGCUACCUUCCUAUAUGAAACUUUUUGUUUCAUUACACAGAAUUUGAGACAGGUAGCCUCCCCAUUUCUACGGGAACACCUUGACGGAAGAUCACUUGGAUACAUAAACCAGUAUAGAAGGCCUUUGCAUAUUAUCGGUUAACUUUGCUCUUGCAUCAAGAUGAAAGGGUCCUUGUAGACCUCUCAUACAUAUUGACUGCUGUGCUUCAGAAUAAUAAAAAUCCCCAAGUUUUCAGAUGAAGGGAGUUUCUAUUCCCUAUUUGAUCCUAAUUAAACAAAAGAAAAAGUGGGUAAAGAAUUUGACUUUUCGUCAUUUCAGUAGAAAUUUGUAUAUUCAUUUAGUCUUGUUUAUACGAGCUAAAGUCCUGAAGCUGCCUCUCAUCCUCCCACCCACCAUUUCACGUAAUGGCACUGACCUGUUAACACUAUUAAUUGUUUCCUCGUUCUGAAACCUUCUUCUAAGUUUUCACCACCCUAGGGCAUUUGUGAUAUGCUUUUUUGCCUGUCUUCCAUGAAGUAGAUUUCUAUCAAAUAGACUCAGUGUACAUACACAGAACAUUACUUAGCCAAUUGAAAGAGAAAGUCAUGUAGAUGAAAUAAACCAAUUAUUGCUUUCUAGUAAAUAAUAUUUUUGUAAUAUUUUACACUUGAAGUUUUCUCCUUGUUGCAGUAUUAAGUAACAUGAUACUUUGUCAGGACAGUAGCUAAUGGACCUCAGGUUUAAUUGAUUCUUGUAUUGCUGGUUUGUUGCAUAGCCAAUAUUGCUAAUUGAUGACAUUUAUAGGUAAAGAUUCAGAGAAGAAAACUGGUUGGAAUUCACUUAAGUUUUGUGGACAUUCCUCUUUAUAUAAUAUAGUAAAUUUGAACACAUGGGAAAUAAAUGUCCAAGUCUUAUGCUAGAAUAGUUUUAAUGUAUCAAAAGAAUUGGCAUAAGAACAAUUAAUUAUAUUGAGAUAAAAAAGCAGGGAAUUUUAUUAAACAAAGGUAGGUAAUAAAAUUAUCCAUAAUUUCCUGUAAAGAAAAAGUCCAUCGUGUCUCUAGAUUCACACAUAUUUUAUGAUAUGUACUGUUUUAAGACCACCAGCAUAAUUUUAAGAAUUGACGCAGUAAAAAAAAAAUAUUUAAAAAUUAGUAUUAACUGAAUGUGAUAGAUACCCUAACUUUAAAGGUAACAUUAAAAACUUUCAUCAGUGACUGGCUCCAGAUUUUUGGAAAGAGGAAAAAAAUAGCUCAACUAUAGAUCAACUCUGUACUGAAUUUUGCCCUCUUCAUAUUAAUGAAAAUAUUCAAAUUUUGAAGUUGUUCAUCAGUAUUUGAGUAAAAUCAUUUUCCUUGUAAUAUUUUGGGGUAAAAAAACACCACCAAUAAAAUUGGUAAAUAAACAAAAACCAUUUUAACAAUAAACAGACAUCAAUUUAAACUUAAGGAGUCAAAAGUAAACAACCCGAAACGCUAAUCGGGUUGUAAACAAAUGUGUUGUCUAUAAAACAAAUGCCAAAAACCACAUUGACAUUAGUGUUUUACUCUAACAUAAGUAAUUGCUAUAAAAUACUAAGAACAAGCGUCCCAGUAUCUUAUAGUCCAGAAUAUAAAGAUUUAAUUUCAGUUUUAGUAUCUCAUAACUUGUCACAUAAACAAUUACUGUGCAUUUCUAUUUAAAAUUUAGAUGUCCUCACAUCAAAUUUUAGGAAGUUGAAGACACGGAAGGGAUAAAAGCGCAUGGAAAAACAGGUUCUGGAAACAUUUUUGUAUAAAUGAAUUCUAUGGAAGAAUUUUCUUGGAGUUCAUAAAAUGGGAUCAAAAGAGUAAACUUAGUAUUGUAAUCAGAAAAUCUUAAACCAUCUUAGUGUUUUUAGACAUCCAUACUUCCAUUUGUAAUCCAAAAGUAUCAAUAGUUUCAAUAGUGACCUGUGUCCUGAUUAAGCCACAGGGAACAUGUCCACGAGAACCACUUACCCUGAUGAUAUCAUGUUUGCUUUACAAAGGAAGUCAGCCUUUUGUCUUUCACCUCUACAUAUGUUUACACAAUAUAAUUUUUUAUACGUUUUCAGAGGAGGUCACUUUUUUACACUUAUUAACGUGGUGUGUUUUAUUCCCAAUUAGCAAGGUAGUUACCAUAGUUUUGUAUAGUCUCAUUUUAAGUAAUUACCUAGUCUUUUCUCAAGAACAAAAAAGCAUGUUCGACUCUAGCAUUUUAAAAUUAUUAUUAAAAUGUCGAUUCUAAAUACUUUUUUUUGUUCUUUACCUGUCUUAACAGUAUGUCGACUGUACUUUUUCUCAUUUAGUACCUUUCCUGUCCCCUAUAAAGCAUGCUUAAGGUAAGCGGGAAACUGGUUUAAUGUGAAGAUGGCAAAAAAGAAUUCAAGGACACCAACUUCUUUCAAUAAGCUAGUCUUUUUAAAACCAAAGUAUGAAUGGAAGGAAUCAGAACCAGAUUGGCAAAUUUUGUCCAACUACCCAAGAUCUACGUUAGAUCUACAGAGAAAAGGCUUCUGGGGGGAAGGAAUAAAAAUCACUUAAAAUGAUAAAAAAAAACUUUUGAACCUGCUGCUACUGAUGUGUUAAGAAAAAAAAAUUGUACUAUCCCAUAUUUUUUUCAUUUUAAUACCACAGAAAAUACAACACACUUUAGUGCUUUGUAGGUAUUUCUCAUAGGGUUAGAUCUUGUUGUAAAGACAUUUCAAUAUGUCAUAAAUGCUUCUAAGAUAUAAGUCUUUGCUUCAAUUCACCUUCCCUCUCUGCUCUACUGACUACUAUACACCAACACACUUAAUGCUACUAGUGGCUUUGUGGUCUUUACAGCUUUGUUACGGCUCUCUAGUGUACAUUGAAUUGAUAUUAGAAGUGUCUACAAAAUAGCCAGCCAAUAUUCUUUGUACAAAAAUAACGUGUUCUAUAUACUAAUAUUGUUGACUUUGCAAAUUACUAUCACGCUGACAGUAUUACCCUCAAUUCCUAUCUUCAAUUACUACAGUCGGUUCACUCAAUCUGCAGAGCUGCACCUGGGUUGGCCUAUUACAAUCCCUGGUAAUGCAAGGCACCUGAAGGGAUUCCCAGUGCUUUCUUCAUCCUAGAAGGUUGAAGGGAAGAUCUUGAAGGAAGAAGUUCACUCGGCUUCUGGAGCUCUGAGUUAGACAUUGUUCUUUAGACCCAAUAGUUCUACAUUGGAAUGCUACAACUUUUGCUCAAAAGAGGAGGUUGCCCAGAAUUUACUUAACCCAGAAUCAGAGUAUUUACACUCAAAGGAUUUAGAUAUGUUUUACUGGCCAUACACUGCCAAAGUUUAUGCCGCAUUAAGUAGAAAAUAGCUGUAAAAAAAUAGACAUGAAGUUACUUUGUAAAGUUUUUUUUUUCCCUGAUGGUUGAAACAGGCAAAAUGAUCCUGACAACAUAAUUGAUUGACUUCAAGAGAUGUCUCACAAAAUUAAUGUACCAACAGGACUUGGGAAUAGUGUUUUUUUUUUCAGAAUUAGAACACAGCGGCUAAAAUAUCAUGGUCUCUUAUGCUACAAUUAGAAUAUCAUUUUAUAGUAUUGUUUUCAAAGCCUCAAAUUUCAACUCUCCCAGUGGCUGAUGAUUUCACUGACAUUUUGAAUCACAAAAGUCAAGGAAAAUCACUAAAUUUUGCUUUUCACACCCCAGUGGAGCAUAAAGAUUUCCUUUACCAUCCUGAAUAAUAAAAGAUGUUGUGUCUUAAAGAACUAUCGAUAGCAGUGUGUGUGUGUGUGUGUGUGUGUAUGUGCUUUGUAAACAUGUCUCCUUUGUCUAUGUAUUCUAACAUGGAUGUUAAUGUUCUAACAUCUAAUAUGUCCUGUAAACUAUUAUAGCACAAAUAAUACAAAGCUAGAGACAGAUAUUGGGAUUCAACCUGAAGAUCAGAAAAGCAAAAACAGCCAAGAGCCCUUUCUUCUUUGAAAUCUCCAGCUGAAAAAGAGCAAGAUCCUGUUUCCCUCCUUAAAGUCCUUUCUUGCGCUGGGAUUAGAAGCAUGCACCACCACUGCCAGGCCUCUAUGGCUAACUAGUAUGGCUGCUGGGAUUAAAGGUGUGUGCCAUCACUACGUGGCUUGUAUGGUUGACUAGUGUCGUUGCUUUGCGUUGACCGUCAGGCAAACUUUACUCAUUAAAACACAAAUAAUAUACCACUAUAAACUAUAAAGUCAAAAGCAAUAGAACCCGGCUGUUUUCUUUUGACAUCUUUGAACAAAUUUUACGUGAGACAGAUAAUUAGGAAAGUUUUACAUAUUGUAUUUCUUCACAAGAUUUAAAUUUAAUUCAUGAUAUGCCUCCUAAAAAAUAGUUUAAUUCCAAGACUAACGACGAACCAGGCUAUUGCUCACAAAUAUGAAAGAUCACUUUUAGAAGUAAACAUGCAGCUAUUGCGACUUUGGUGUCAGAGAAUUCUCCGACAAUCACAUGACAUUCUUCUGACCAUGCACAAUAAAAUAGCAAGCUAUUGGAUCCCCAUUUCCCCCUUGUACAAUCUUUUUAUCUUUUUUUUAAUGCUUUGUACAAUCACUUGUAAAAUCAUGAGCUUCAAAAGUCAAUAAAAUGUCAGUAAACAAUCAGUGAUGUAGUUCCUGUGGUCCUGCGGCGACCUGCAGAGCUUUGGUUUUGAGGGAUUGUUUCAAGCUAUAGAAUUAUAAUUAAUCAUGUAUUUCCUGUGCCUCUCGUACUUCAACCCUGCCAACCUUCCCUCCCAUACUGGACGUAAAGUAGGAGGACUUGCUUUUCUUUUGUUUUUAAAGAACUAUUACUACCUAAAGUGUCUCUCAGACAUUUGUAACCUACCAGAAGAUAAGUGUGAUUCAUUUACUUUUUGACCUUGAAGCUUGCCAUCAAAAUAUAUAAUGAAAUUUAGCCUUAUAUCUUCCAUGUCAUCUUAAUUUCCCUCAUCCAAACAGAAUUAUGAGAGCCUGCUGUGGAACCCUGGGUCAAAGGAGAUUUUCCAAGCUCUGUGUUGUUGCAGGCUGUUCUUUGAAAUAAGGGAACACUAUGGAUUAGUAAAUACUUUGGAUUGCAUAAUUGAUGUUAUAUGUUCGUCAUUUCAUGACAUUGGGGAUUUUGAUUGUCUUUAAAUUAUUAUAUUACAUCAUAUAAAUGAUCAUG